AUGCCGUCCACCAUCGUAGCUGCUCCUCCUAUCACCAUGCCUUCACCUAUACCGCUAGGUGCAUCGGUCCCAGCUCUCACCGCCCACGCUAUCUCGGUGUCUUUGCCCACUUGGGAAGAUAAUAUCGGAUAUGAGGAGGGAGAUCAGAGAGUCGUAGGGAGGAUGGAAACUGGUUAUCCUAGAUUCUUCAUUCACAGAAGUAUACAGAAGCUCGCCGCAUUAUGUUUAGCCAAAUUCGGUCGACCCGACGAACUAUGUAUCUUGCUACCUUCACCAAAAGUAGCAGGCGAGGGACGUGAUUUUCUUGCUCAUCAAAAUCCCCCAGUACCAUCCAGGAUAGUUGAGUUCGUCAUUUGUCCUUCUUCAAUCUCAAUCAUCGAUACCAAAUCGUUGGGAGGGGUAGAUUGUAUAGAAUUGCAAAUAUUGUUAUUUGACAAAGCGAAUUGGUCAUUUGGGAAAGCGUUCUGGCAACACUCAGGAGAUGGUAUAUGUUCUAGAAUGGCAGAAAGAGCUUUAGCUUUCCUAGGUGAAUUACCAGCUGGUUCAAGCAAUGGUCCUCCUACUCCACCAAACUUGGAAAGACCACCUUCGAAAGCUCCACAAACGAGGAAUAAACAUUAUUCUAGGAGAACAAAUUCUGUCCCCCCUACACCUACUACCCCCUCUGCUCCUCCUACUCCCAGAUUAGAGACCAACCCCAACCACGAUGAUGAUGCUCCUGUAGAACCCGUGAAGGAGGAAUUCUUGACUUCGGAUCUCACGACCUACCUUGAAGAACGUUAUGGACGAAAUCUGCCGCUCUUCAAUGCACCGCUAGCUAAACAAGCUUUGAAAAGAAGAAUCGCAGGUGGAUUGUUACCGAGUGAUGAGGGAUAUGGGAAAGUAGAUGAUGUGGUUAGAGGAGCAGGUUCCGGUUCCGGAAAGAAAGCUGUCAAAGAAGAUGAUGUGUAUCUGUAUCCCUGCGGUAUGAGUGCCAUUUGGCAUGCUUUCGAUAUAGCUCGAGCAGCUAGGCGUAGGAAGGGUGAGAAGGAAGGAAAGAGUGUCUGUUAUGGAUUCCCUUACACAGAUACACUGAAAAUCCUGCAAAAAUGGGGUCCAGGAUGUCAUUUCCUGGGAGCAGGAGGUACAGAGGAUAUACCAGCUUUAGAAAAAUUACUUGAAGAUAGACAAUCUGACGAACCCCCUAUUCUAUCCUUGUUCUGCGAAUUCCCAUCAAACCCCUUACUCAGAAGUCCUGACCUGGUGAAGAUCAGACAGUUGGCAGACAAAUACGGUUUCGUGAUUGUGGUAGAUGAGACGAUAGGAAAUUUCAUCAAUGUGGAAGUUGUCGAAUUUGCCGAUAUUGUCGUGAGCAGUUUGACCAAGAUCUUCAGUGGUGACGCCAAUGUGAUGGGUGGAAGUCUUAUUCUAAACCCCAACAGUCCACUAUUCGAACAUCUCAAAGCUGCACAAAGCGAGAUAUAUGAAGAUAACUAUUAUCCCGAAGACGCAGUGUACAUGGAACGUAACUCGAGGGAUUAUCGAGGUCGUAUCAAACGAGUCAACGACAAUGCAUAUGACGUUACCGACUUCCUCUUCAGGCGAUCUUUGGCAGAUAAAUCCACUCCGACAGAAGGAAAAGUGAUCAAACAAGUUUACUAUCCUCGAUUUCAGACUCCCGAAAAUUACGCUCAAGCUCAGAGAUUACCACCAACAGGAAAAGGAGGAUUCGGUGGAUUGUUCUCAAUCACAUUCACUUCUGAAGCUGCUUCGAAGGCCUUUUACAAUACUAUUGGAUGUGCCAAGGGUCCUUCGUUAGGAACGAGUUUCACGUUGGCUUCUCCAUAUACGAUCUUGGCACAUUAUCUGGAAUUGGAUUGGGCAGCUAGUCAUGGAGUUGAAAGAGGAUUGGUGAGGAUCAGCGUAGGUCAGGAAGAUCAGGAAGUGCUUAAGAAUUGGUUCGAGAGUGCCGUGAAGGCUGCUGAAGAUGCUGGAAGAGAGGUUGAUGGACAGUAA